GCCAUGAUUCGACCACGCCGGCCAAUUUAUGCAUGCUCACAUGCUGCUUGCUGCGGGGCCGCAAUCAAGCGCCCGCCGGCCAGUAAAGCUUCACGCCUGUGUUUCCAUCAUGUCGUUGGUACCUCGACAGCCAUGACCGCCAUCUUCUCGAAUGGUUCCUGGUGCUGCCAAUUGCCUAUACCUUCUUUGCUGCGCCUCUUUCUUCCCCUUCAAGUGUGGAACUUGUCGAUCCCUCUGGCGUAUGAUCCCUCAACUUGGGGAGAGAUUUCUGUUUCAGCAGUUCAUUUCCUUUGGAACCACCUCUCUCGUACUAUCUGCUCAACGGCCUCCGGUACACACGGCCGCUGGGCAAUAUUUCCCGAAUCUUAAUUCUUCUCCUGAUCUAGCCACGAUAUCUCCCGAUCUGUCUUGUGCCCUAUAAGCUCGUCUGCAGGAACGAGUGCCCUCCGCGGUUACGUUGGCGCCCGCGGACCGCACGUCCUCAGGCUUCCCCAAGUCAGCAGGAAAAGAGAAAAAAGAGAAGGGGACAUAUCCUGCCGCUAGCCACUCUCCUGGUUUCACGGCCGCAAGCCCAGUCAGGAUCCCCAUAACCGAUACUCUGGAAAUACCCAGGUCAAUCUUCGUUGAGGCCAUGUCAUAGUCCGGGAUCGUAUAGCGAACAAGUCGCAGUUCCCCUCUGCUGUGGACUCGAUUCAACAUGUCUGCGGGACCCGGUCUGUCCAGACAGAGAUCUAUCUCGGGCAAAUCGAAAGGGAUAAUACUUCCACCUGCCCCCAAGGCAAGGUUCUCUGGGGAAGACGCCUCCUUUGAACCAUGCGCAUCGACAGCCUCUCUCCUCCUCUUCGCCCACGGUUCGACGGUCAUAUGUCUGCACCAUGAUACACUGGCUAUUGAGCGUCGGUUUGAAAAGCACUCGAAGGAUAUUCAGUUGAUAUCUGCCGAUAAUGUUAGCGAAACUGGGGCAGGAAGGCUGGUUAUCACUUACGACGUGGGAAGGACGGCCAUUGUUUGGGACUUGUUCACUGGCGAGCAGCUCUCUCGUUUUGUGUCGUAUGAAUCUUUGACAGUUGCGCAUUGGAUGAGAAACGGGAAUGUCGCCUUUGGCAACGCAAAGGGCGAAGUGAUAUUGUUCGAGCCUGCAACAAGUGAACAUAUCUCGGCGCGGACGAUAUUCGACCCCAUUACGGCGGUAGCCCCGUCCUCGGAUUGCAAAACUUAUGCUAUCGGAUAUAAGAAUGGCUCCAUACUGUUGGCGGCAUUACAACCCUCGUUCACAAUUCUUCACACUCUGACAACAUCUCGGGCGCCCUCGCCAAUCGUUUCUUUGACAUGGCACGCUUCAUCCUCGAAACAGAAGUCGGACAUGCUUGCAACCCAAACCGCUGAUGGGGAUCUGAGAGUCUGGAGCGUAUCCAAGCCACCUACAUCCGAGGCGCCUCGAGUUAUUCGCGUCUUAAAGCGCACUGACACUUAUACUCCGGGUCGAAACUGGAUUUCGUGGUCUAAGAAUGGGCGGAUCGUUCAAUUUAGCGAAGGCAAAACCUGGGCUUGGGACGUCCGGACUAAGCAUGUCACUUACGAGCCGAUCCCGACCGUGGACGGAGUCAGAGCGAUUGCAUGUCAUGGACCGACGGGGACCCUGUUCACUUUGGGACCAGACUAUACAGUGCAACAAUACGAUGUUGAGAGGGCCCUUUUGGUUGCAAAUGCACGACAUUUGCCACUGACCGUCCCGCCGACCCCGCCAGAGGAUGCAAGAGUGCCAAUCUGGACAACAUCUGAAAGUGAAGAGGAGCUGGCGUCUCCUCUUGUCCGAGCCCGACGGGAAUUGCGUGCCUCCGAGGCUGCUAAGCAUGAACGUAACAAUAUUCCCAGCCCUCAAUCGGCUCUCAGCUCACAGAAAGGUGGUUUGAAGAACGGCGCAAGCGACAUCAUUUCUCCCGCCGGGAGAACCGAUUAUACAACUACAUCGUUCGAUACUGGCAUUCAGACCCAAUCAACAAUGAACCAACAACCCGCGCAAUUGCUUAGCCAGACUUAUCAGCCUCAGUCCCCUGUAACUGCAAGGUCAGCCCGGAAAGGUUCUCGUUUGAGGCAAGAAGUAAUUAUGAGUCCUGAAGAGACACCGGUCGCAGAACUCUUCCCUUACACUAGGGCUCGACUCCACGACGUUCCGUAUCGACCCCCUAGGUCGCUCGAUGAAAGCCACAUGACUCCAGACGAUUUACGGAGGCAGAUGCUGAGUGUUGUGUUUGGGUGGGAAGAAGAUAUCCACGACCUUAUUCGCGAUGAGUUGAGCCGCCAUCCCAGCGACAGCCAGACAGCCAUUUUCCUCGCCAAGUGGCUAGACGAAGAUCCCGACUACCUGGCCGAGAUCAUGGGUUCCACGGGAAUCAUCUCCCAUCUAGACUGGAUGCUGCUGGCUUUGGGUACAAUUAGUAACCAGGUGGGGGCGAAGAAAAUCACCCAAGUUUUUAUUGAGAAACUGCUCGCCAAAGGUGAUUGCCACGCCGCAGCUACUCUUCUGCUUGCACUUGGCGAUAGAAGCGAUGCGAUCGAAGUCUAUGUGUCAAGGAAUCAGUACAUGGAGGCGGUCCUCCUGACUUGCCUUGUCACACCAGAUGACUGGCAGAGACAGUCAUACCUGGUGCGCCGGUGGGGUGAACACGUUGUCGAGAACUCGCAGCAAUCGCUUGCUAUCCGGUGCUUCUCUUGCACGGGUGUCGAACCAUCCGAUCCCUGGACUUCACCGAAUGCUCAACUGGCCACGAGAACCAUCCUAGAGCCAACCUUGAGCCCACAGGCGACCCACUUGCAGCCGUUGGAACCGAUGGAGUAUCCUGCGAUCUUCCAGAAGACUUUGGAGAGACGACGGACACUUGAUGCGCCAACACCGGUAGCCAUGCCUCCGCCGAAUAUUCUGUCAGCGAUCCAUCAACCACCAACGCCAUUCAGGACCGCCGCCGCCCAAGGAACAAGGAUCACGCCUCAAACGUCGGCCUUGAAACUCAUCACUUCCUUCGGAUCCCAACCGAGCAACAACUUCAAAUUCCCGGGACUCAAGCCCGAAGACCGAACACCCACUGUUGCUCCUGCUGUAACACCUAUUGCAGAAUCCGCGGUUGAUAGAUCUGCCCUGUCACCUGGUGGACUGGGUUCUUACCGCUUGAACAACAUUCGCAGUAUCAACAGCGCUCUCUCGGCCAAGACCGCGACACCGGGCGGUUUCCAGCCAAGUCGAUUGACGGUCAUUGGCGAAACGCCAAUCGACGUUGAGGCACCGCAAUUCUCAAGUUUGCCGCAGAGAUCUGUGUCUGUACCCGCCGAGUUGACGACCUCCAAGACGAUUGAUGCCGAGGAGCAUGCCCCUGUCGUGGACGAACCGCAACGUGGGAAGCAAGCCUUGACAUUGCUGACAUCCGCACGGUAUGAGCCACUAGCCACGCCAGUGAAGGAAACACCCCAAACAGCUGUUGGUCCACAAACCGCCAUCAAAUUUCCGGCGCCCGGUACCCAGUUCAAUACUGGGAUAGGUCACGAUGAACGGCAUUUGGAUACUGCACGGACAAGAACUGGGUCGAAGAGUCGAAAGCCUGACGGACUUUCAAUCCAAACUGUUCUCGUUUCGAAUCAAGAAUUUGUGCCCUCUGCCAGCUACGGUGACCCAAUCAGCAGACCGGUCACCACGGGCUCAUACUCAAACACUCAACUCGAUACCUCCGGUGACCUAACAGGCCCGCCAACUACUGACCUCAGCUAUCGGAGCGCCAAGAGCCCCAUUGUUACCGGUCGAAGUAUCGAUCAAUAUAUUAGUAGCCUCGAACAGGCUCAAUAUUAUACGAAGCAUUCUAGAGCUCGUGGUUACAGCAGCACCAGCAAGCAGUCGAGAGAUGACCAAUCGGACCGGAAAAAGAGCAGAGCUAACAAUAUGGACGACAGUGGUGAGAGAGAACCGCGACGGACCAUCCCUGCAGCUAAACGCUCGCCUUCUUCCCCAGUCCCGAUGUCACCGGAGGAUUUACGCAUGUACAGCACCAGUGUUGAAAGCUUUGACUCCAUGUAUAGUUCUAAUUUUUCCGGGAUCGAUCGAGCAGAGACCCCUGGCAGCAUGUCAAAACUCAGUCGCCGCGGCUCUCAAUCUACUGCAAAAGGCGGGAAACCGCGCAAGAGAUCGCACUCUAGACACACCGGCACGAAGAGCAAGGCGGGCAGCCGUGCCGCGAGUCGGCACCAAAGCCCAGAACCUGCGAUCUUUUCUCCCAGAGGCCGAAGCUCCUCUCGCAAAGAGAAUCUAGGGCACCGUUCUCCAUCAUCACCACGACCAAUGGUUCCUUCUGAAGAAGACCGACAAAGCCGGUUCGACCAAGAUUCGGCUCUGAGGCUGGUGUCCAAAGACCGACAUCGCCUGCACCGAAGUUCUAGUCGUCAGCCACAUCGUGACACAAGUGCAAGGAGAGACAGAUCACCUGAUCGACGAAGAGUACGAGCCAGAUCUCGUAGUCGUCAAGCAGAAGAAGCGACGACCCUGAGCCGGAAGGCAAGCCGCAGUGAGCACAACCGCCGAAAUCGCCGCCCAAGUGACGCUGUGUACGACCGAAGCGCCCAUCCUGAUGACCCUGAAGACAACAGCAUGUUCAACAGUACACUCGCAGCACAGGAGGUGGUGCCAAGAUCUGCCAGUCAGCCUCAAUUUGCAGUGGAGGGGGAAAGGAGAGCGUUGCAAGCAGAGCUGCCACAGGCCCGAAAGCAGCCUCUGGCCCGUCGUCCUUCCGUGCCCAAUGCUCCCUUUCCAAGCGAGCUCUCUGCACACAGCAAGUCGGCUUCGACGAGCAACGUAUCGCCCCUGCUCACGAGGUCGUCCACCCACGACGGACCGAGUACGGCGUCGUCGUUCCAAGAGAAUGGCCUAGGAAGAGAACUGUCCGGUCUUGGGCUUUCUAAAGAAAGGCCAGGGACGCCCAGAGCGAUGCAGGUCGAUGCCGCAAUCCCCGAGGAUCAAGAAGCCCAAGUAUUUCCUGUCGCGAGUGGGACUGAGCUUUUAAGUAGCGACGUUUAUCGACCCCCUACCCGCGAAGACAUCAGCAGACCAGGUUCCGCACGUGCACCUGCUUCGCUAGAAUUCCUUUCCCAGAUCCCCAAGCAUCCCGCCUACGACCGACGCAUCGCGGGCAGUAGAUCAAGCAGCAAGGGACCCGAAGCUCGCGCGAGCUCGCGGAGUCGAGGCACAUCUCGCGAUCGCACUGCACGCGUAUCUCCACGCGAAGUGCCCCCAGUCAUGAUGUCGAGUCCUCCCAUAGGGACUACUGAAACAGCGAUCUCCGCAGCCUUUGCAACCUCACCGCCACAAAACCCUCCUAUUCUUCCAGAGUUGCAACACCUCGCUGAACCCCCUCCACCCCCGCCUCCUCCGCUUCUGCAGAAAAUGUCCUCAUACACUGGAGGCAGUCCUAACCUCUCUAAUUCACGUGGGUUUGAACCCAUGGACGCCGCAGCCGUACCCCUCCCCAUGUCCGCCGUCCCCACUCACACUACAUUCCACGACGUAGCGGCGAUUGCUGGCAACACAGCGCCUCUGUCUGCCGGGGCCAUGUCUUCAAGCACAGGCCAUAGGCGAGGACGGUCUGGGAAUGAUAACCAAAGCGGCAGCUCGGGGGGCCAGCUCUUGAACAAACUGAGAAACUUCACAGGGAGAGCGAGGUCUCCCAGCCGGGGCCGGAGAGGCGGUGAUGAUAAUCAAUCCAUGAGUCCCAGGAUGAUUGGAGCCGGUGAGAAUGUGCAGCCAGCACCAUACGAGAGCAUCCCGAACGCUAUGAUGGGAAGUGUUGGGUCUUGAAUCGGGUUCAAUGUUUGAGCAAGAACGAAUUGUGGCCGAUGCAGUUGAGGGAGGCGAGCCAUCAGGAGCAACUGCCUAGGAUGCAAAGAGUCGGGUAGGGACGAGGGGACGAAGAAGUCUUGGGAUCAGUGUUUCAGCCUGUUUCAUCAUGUUCUGAAAAGCGCGAGAAAGGAGAUUGUUACCAGAGGCUCACGCGGGCUCCAAAAGCAAGUGCCGCUCUUCAGCGAUGCAUUCAAUUCUUGACGAUCCUUGCUAUGAGCGAUUGCCAUUUUGGGAGAGAGAGUGAGAGUGAGAGUUGGUUCUAUAAUGGAGUUGGGGUAUCUAACUUAGCAAACCAGGUAAUACAGUGAUGGAUUGGAAACAGGACACAGUGGCAACGAGCCAACAGACUUCCAAACAGCAGAUUCUGGCGGGUUGGACGGGUGCGGGACAUAGGACAUCGAUCUCGAUCAGAUAUCCUGACAAUGAGAUGGUCUUUAUCAGCCUGUAAUUCACAUAUAUAGCCCUGUCUCAGUCUACCUUGAAACCUG